AUCUGGCGUGUCAUGACCCUAUUAUCCAGAAAUUUAUUUCCGAAAUUGAUUUGGUGAAAUUCACAUACAUUUUGCAGUAAUAACAGCCUCGUCGUUACAUAUUAUGCCAGAUGUUAAGUGUCGUUAGCUGAACUACCGUGAAAUCCCAUUUGAAUAUCAUAGUCAUGUCAAGCCCACUGACACUGCUACAGUCAGGCAGUACUGGUACAGGAAGGUCAUCCCCAUGGAGUGUGAUUGUCACGGAAAAAUCAAAAUACGAUCAAAUAUUUGAAACACUUCAACCAGUGAAUGGAUUGGUAUCGGGCGAUAAAGUUAAACCCGUUCUAGUGAACUCAAAACUACCAGUUGACGUCUUGGGCCGCGUAUGGGACCUUAGCGAUAUUGAUAAGGAUGGGUUCUUAGAUAAAGAUGAGUUUGCCGUUGCUAUGCAUUUAGUGUAUAGAGCACUAGAGCCUCAUAAUGAACCCGUUCCUCUCGCUCUAGCCCCUCAUACGAUCCCACCCUCAAAGGUGAAACCACAUGGGGUAGCCCUCCCUGGUGCAGUUCCUGUUUUGCCAAGCAUGGUUAGCGAUGUUCAACUUGGUAGAACCGCAAGUCCUGUCCCUGGAGCUGGGGCAGCUAGCGCCCCCGAGUGGUGCGUCACGCCAGCAGAGCUGAUAUCCUACGGAGAAACAUUUAAGAAGGCCGAUACUGAUUUUGAUGGAUUCGUUGAUGGCAUGGCAGUCAAAGAUGUUCUCUUACAAACUGGUUGUCCUCAGGCAUCCCUUGCCCAAAUAUGGAGCCUAUGCGAUCUUAAAGGCACAGGGACGUUAAACACGGAACAAUUUGCUCUGGCCAUGCAUCUCAUCCAUAAGAAGAUGAAUGGGGUGGAACCACCUAGCCAACUCACACCUGAAAUGAUUCCGCCUUCAUUGAGACCCCAGGAGGGACUGCCUGAUGGCGCAGCAGGUGUUAACAUGGGGGAUUUCCCAGGACUGAAGGAACUUGAUAUGAUCGCUAAGGAGAUAGAAGACCUGAAGCAGGAGAGGAUACAGCUUGAGGCAGAUAGACAGCAGAAAGAUGCUGAUAUUAAACUAAAGAAUGCAGAGGUGCAGCUACACCAGAAGGAGUUUGAUGCAAUACAGGGGACUCUGCAGCAACUUGAAAACCAGAAAGGUGAGGCGCAGAAGAAACUUGAUGAAUUAGAUGAUCGUAAAUCCAAGCUAGAAAACAGCAGCAUUGAGAUAGAAGAGAAAAUUGUUAGGGAACAUGACGUGAUUGAUGAACUUAAUAUGAGGAUUGGAAACCGGGAAAGUACAACGAAAAACCAAGAAGAAGAAAUGAAUAAACUCCGCCAAGAUGUGAAUGUUUUGAGGCAGGAAGAGUCAGAAUUAGAGCAGAAAUUGGAAGGUGGUAAAACUCAGCUUGAAAUGGUGCGGAAAUCGGUGAAAGAAACCAUGGUUAAUAUUGAUCAAGCCAAAGCGAAGAUCCAGCACUUGGAUGAGACACAGAAAACCUUCAAGGAGAGUAUCGAUGCUUAUAAUGCAAUGUUAAGUGGCGAUACCUCAGUGUCUGAACCCAGUCAGGCAGAUUUGCGUACUGUUACACCUACACCUUUUCAGCUUGAAGAGAUCAGUAAACAAGCUGUGCCGUCACCCUUGCCGCAUGAGACCACCACUUCCCAGAUUGCAACCACUGGGGAUCCUUUCAGGAAUGCUGAUCCAUUUGCCGGGAUGGGUGGAGCCGCUACUGAUGUUGAUCCGUUUGCGGGAGCUGGUAUCGCAGCAGAUCCAUUCGCCGGAGAAGACCCAUUCAAAAGUGCAACAUUAGAUGAUCCAUUUAAAGGUGUGGAUCCAUUUGGGAAUUCUAACACAGCUGCAGCAGAUCCAUUUGCAGGUUCAGAUCCGUUUAGUGAUACAAGCAAUUCUGCCGGGGCUUCUGAUCCAUUCAAAGGUGGGGACCCAUUUGGAAAUGAUCCUUUUGCCCCUAACCCUAAACAACCCCCACGUCCAUCAUCUGGGCCCGCUUUACCUCCAAAACAGAAAAAGCCACCUCCAUCACGUCCACCCCCUCCCAGAUCAAAAUCACCAAAUCCUGCAGCAACAACAAAAGCUAGUGAUCCAUUUGGUGGGAAAGAUCCUUUUGGAGGGAGUGAUCCAUUUGGUGGAAGUGAUCCCUUCGCUGCCAAUACAACUACAAGUAGUUCUAACAGUGGUUCGUUUGCCAAUUUUGGGGACUUCGGUAAUUCUAGCAAAACAUCAAGUAAUGACGCGUGGGGAAGUUUCGGCACUACAUCCAACACUGCAAAUCUUGAUUGGGAGAAAUCGCUGCCAAAAAGUCGUGAACAGGAGCAGGCUGACCUUGAGAUGGCUCUUGCUCUCAGUAAAACAGAUAGCAGUGCUUAGAACAAUAACAAAUCCUGAAUACCACUUAGAACAAUGACAAAUUGAAUAUUAAAUUUUAAUUUAACAGAGUAAAAAUAAAGCUA